UUGGCAGUAGAGCGCUCAAACAGCCUGUACGCCAUGAAGUCUGCAGUAACUAAGCUGCUCUGCAUGAAUAAUGGAUCAAUGAAUUUUGAUGAAUUAUCGGCCAACUAUUCGUUUGGCAAAAUAUCUCAAUUGCGGGAUGUCCUUAUUGAUAAAGAUAGGUUUCAUUCCGCAGUUGUUGACGGAGAGGAAACAGUUAUAGCAAAAACCAGACUUCGGCUGUGUAUGGCCAGAAAUUGUCACGGAUGUAUGAACUUACACCUAUGCAAACAAUUUUUGCUUGGAGUUUGCCAAAGAGUGAUGUGUCGUUUCGGCCAUGACCUCUUCUUAGGACAAAAUGCAACAGUGCUGAGAGAAAACGGCUUGGAGGUCCUGGACAGAGAAGAGCUUUGCACUUUGUUGCUCCAGAAUGACUCAUUCUUACCCCCUGUGUGUCACUCCUACAACAACGGUGUGGGAGAGUAUGGGAAGUGCCCCGAUGGCGAGAACUGCAGGAGGAUGCACAUCUGUGAGAACUAUCUCCGCGGCGCAUGCAGCUGUCCGCGGGCGCACGAUUUCUUCGAGCCCCACCCUCUGAAGACCCUGCAGGACAGAGGAGUCCCCAACCACAUCAUCGGACGCAUCAAGUCCAUCUACACCAGCAUCGAGGCUCUGAGACACCAGGAUCGGGCAGAACACGGCAAUCGCCAUCGACCAUCAGCCGGGGCCGCACCAGCAGACAACAGGGGACCGAACAGAGGGCCGCAGAGGGGUAAAGAGAUAUGUUUGUUCUAUGUCAAGGGCAGCUGCAUACAUGGCGACAGGUGCUUUAAGGUCCACUCCACCCUGCCCUACCAGUGGGAGGUGAAGGAGGGGAGGCAGUGGACAGCCCUACCCAACAACGAGGAGAUUGAGAAGGACUACUGUGACCCAUCAAAGACAUACGGUCAGGGACUGGAGCCGGUGUGUUUUGAUGACAUGACCUGCGGCCUGAACACAGCCAGACGUCUGUCAACCAUCUCGUCCGUCCUCCAGCCCAGCUUCAUCCUCACUACUGAGUGGCUGUGGUACUGGCAGGAUGAGUCUGGGAACUGGAUCCAGUAUGCUACAGCAAGUGCAGCCCUCAGGACGGCCAGCAUCACCAGUGAGGAUCUGGAACAGAGGUUCCAAAGUGACGACAAGUCAGACAUGGACUUCACCGCAGGGUCUCAGAGCUACACUCUCAUUUUCAAAGACAUGAUGCAGACAAACAAGAGAUUUGGCACCAGAAGACCUGUGAGAAGACGGCCCAAAUUUGUGUCUUUGUCUGAUGCACAAACAAUCAAAACCAGCAAAAGAAUGCCCAACAAUCAAUCCAAUUUCAAAGCCUUACCAGGGCACUGGGACAAGGCUCAAACUCCUGACACAGGAUUCAAGAAAGUUCUCCUCCAGACAUCAUCAUCGGAGUACAAGGAGAUCGAGCAGCUUUUCACCAGUACUGUCAGAGACCUACGCAUUCGCAAGAUCGAGAGGAUUCAGAACCGAGCGCUUUGGGAGGUCUUUCAGUGGCAAAGGGAUCUGAUGAAGAAGAGCAAUGGAGGAAAGAAUCCAACAGAGAAGAAGCUCUUCCACGGCACGGACUCCAAGUACAUCGAUUCUAUCUGUCACAGCAACUUUGAUUGGAGGAUCUGUGGAACGCAUGGGACUGCGUAUGGAAAAGGGAGCUACUUUGCCAGGGAUGCCAAAUACUCUCACAGCUACACAGGCCAGUCACCUGUCAAGUCCAUGUUCGUGUCUCGUGUGUUGGUGGGAGACUACACCAGAGGAGACUCCAGCUACCUCCGCCCUCCCUCCAAAGAUGGAGGAGACACCGUCUUCUACGACAGCUGUGUAGACAAUGUGACAAACCCCUCCAUCUUCGUGGUGUUUGAGAAACACCAGGUCUACCCAGAAUACCUCAUCACGUAUGGCGAUCAACCCCAUGUUCAGGACUUGCCACACCAGGCAUACAACCGUCGAGCACAAGCACCCACCAGAGCCUCAGUGUCUCCUCUACAGUAUAGUCAAUACACUACUCCCAAUACACACUCCCCAUAUCAAAGGCAGGAUGAAAACUCCAACAGCUCAUGUGUUAUGUGUUAAUAUUGGGUAAUAAAAUACUAAACUGACAUCAACAUAUAUAUAUAUAUAUAUAUAUCAAUGCAAGUUGUACGUGAUUUGAAAAUAUACAGCAAAGUUUAGCAACUGUAUAAUUAUUUCUUAGUUUAUCAUUCUAUUGGUCAUUGUGUCAUUUAAGCACUUUUAGUCUGAGUGAUUAAUCCCCUUUGUAUUUUAUCCUAAUUGCAUGAAUCAAAGAUUAUCGAUCAUUUGUCUGUGUGUCCUUAUUUACACUAUCUCUUCCGUUUGCCUUUACAGUGUAGACAAGGCUAAUGAACCACUAUUCAGACUUUUUGUAUUAUUUAUUCAUCAGGAUUCAUUGCAGGGUAUCCCAUUGUAGAAAGUUAUGUCAUUAUUUUACAAGGAAGCCUGCCUACAAGAAACAUGUUCGAUAAAAUGUGGAUAUAGACCUUCUGUAAGGUAAGGUUCAACUAGUCCAAAGUCCUAGUGUAAUGGGCUGUGUCUGAAAGUUUACACAGAAGAAAAGGCUGAUGGUUUAGGCAUGACUACUGCACCAACAAGGCCUGAUGUGUAAUAAAACAAUUCAUUCUAAUUUAACAAUGACUUUUUUGGGCUAUUAAUAUGUCAUUUAUUUCUAUAGAGGAAGCCCAGAUACAAUCUAAUCUUCUGUUGACCAGCUCAUCCACAUGCUUUUGAAAAGAACAUGUAUUUAAUAUAUCUAAAUGCCAAGGUACUUGUGUAGUAACUAAAUCAGUGGAUUUUAUUAAGUUUAGAGCUAACAUGGCUAACCUCGUCAGCCAUGUGAACUGUGACCCAGUGUUAACUGUGAACACCCUGGACCUAACACAAAGCUAACACAAAAAUCUCUUAGCACACCUUGAGAUGUGUUAGUAAGGAUAUAUUCAGACCUAAAGCCUAGUAUAAAGACUAAUUGCUCUGUAAUGUAAGAUAAUUCCGUUUUUUUGCAUUUCUUCAAGGGUUUUUAGGAAAUAUCAACCAAAUCUGUCUCCUGUUUUCAUUUCAAUCUGUCGUUGUGGGGUUAUUUUGUGUAAUUUCAGGUGCAAUGAUGCUCUCAACGUGCCUUAAUCUACAUUAUGGAUUGUUGGAUUAAAGUAAUUGAAUUAAAAUGCA